GAAACGAUAGGAAUCCUCAAUGCGUAUUCAGUACCCUCAUGGAAUAUAUACCAGAGAACUGCCGUGCUCCCGUUUUGCGCAUGGGCUUUCCCUAUUUUUACGUGUCUCAUCCCAUGGCCGUUUGUGAGACCACAGAGGCAACAUUCGGUAGCUGCCUGGAUCGCAAGCUCAACCAAACUAGAACCCAAUUCGCGUCAAAAUGAACAUGACUCUGCAACUCGUCGAACCUGCCGACUGCGCUAACCGCGGACCCUUAAUCAAUACCAUUGGCUGGACCAUCACCAUCCUAUCUUUCGCGUUCCUAGCACUACGAGUCUACUGCAAAUUCUCGCGCAAAAACGGUCUAUGGUGGGACGACCACUUCCUUAUCGCCUCCUGGCUGUGCACCCUGACGCAUGUUUCCAUCAUUAGCUCCAUCAUCGCCCUUGGCUUCGGCAAGCAUGAGCUGCACAUCGAUCCGCGGAACCGGAGCACCAUCAGCUUCAACGGGUUUGUGGCGGGUGCGUUGGCCAUUCUGGCCUCGGCGUGGAGCAAGACUUCAUUUGCGUUGACGCUGUUGCGGAUUUCUGGGCGUGAUGGGUGGUUGAGGUGGCUUCUCUGGGGGAUUAUUGUGAGCAUGAAUGUGGCGAUGAUUUCGAAUGCAAUUUCGUUGUUUUUUUCGUGCCAACCGGCUGCCAAGGCGUGGGAUAGAAGUUUGCCGGGGAAGUGUUGGGAUCCGCAAGUUUCCGUGGUUUGGGGGAUUGCUGCGGGAGGCUACUCGGGUGCUAUGGAUUUUGUGCUUGCUUUGCUACCGUGGACGAUUAUUAUGCACCUGCAGAUGAAGCCGAAAGAGAAAAUUGGCGUGGCAGUUGCCAUGUCGAUGGGGAUCUUGUACGUGACGGCCUUGUCUCAUGCGAUGCAUCCAGCCUGGCUAACUGUGCGGUAGUGCUGGAGCUAUAACAAUCAUCAAGUGCUAUCAAAUAACGACUGUAGCAAGCAACGACUUUGCAUGUAAGCAAUCCCCUCAAACACUCAUCUCAUCGGCAACGCUGACAAACACGCCCAGUCGAUGGCGGCUUAUUAAUCAUGUGGAGUGUCGGCGAAUCCGGAGCCACCAUAAUAGCAGCCUCCAUCCCAGUCCUGCGCGUCUUGAUUAAAGAAGUCA